CUAUAGUUUUUUGAUUAGAUAMCGAUUGAGAYAUUUGAUUAUAAAAUGUGGAACAAAAUCAAGAAAAAGGUUCGCAAAGUAAUACAAAUUUUGGCAAAAAAGACAAUAAAGAACAGAAAAGAAGAGUUUGGAGAUAAUGACGAUGAAGACAGUGAUUAUGAAAUUGAAAGACAAAUAUCAUUGCAAUCAUUGCAUUCAAAUGAUAUGCAACUUCAAGUCGAUGGCAAUUAUCUGUCGAAUUCUAUUAUUAAAUGCAUUGUCAGUAACUCUCUUGAGGACCAAUUGAUGAACAUUUGUCGUCAGAAAGAGAUAUAUCGAUUGGAGAAUAUCAUCACUAAAGAAAUCUAUAGAAAAAUGAAAAUUUUGUGGUCCGGCUGUUACAGUGAAGUCAUCAAAGUAGUGGACGCAAUGGGAAAACCAGUGGUCAUUAAAAUAAGUCUUAUAAAUCGCAAAAAUAGUGGAGGACUUGUAGUUCAAGACAUGUCAUCCGUAUUAACUGAUGUCAUAAAUUCACGACUUUUGAGUGAUUUAAAAGCAAUAUCCGUUGAUAAUGCUCUCAAUUAUACUGAAAACUUUGCAGACAUAAGAAAUUGUUAUUAUGUAUGGACUGAUAAAUCGGUAUUUAAUGGCUCUAAAGGUAAAGAAAAUGACAACAAAUUUAAAACAAAGAAAUAUAAAUAUGUUUUAAUUGAACAAUCAUUUGGUGGCAGAGAGUUGGAGUCAGUCGACGGAAUGUCACCGAACAAAGCAUUGAGUUUAGCCCUACAACUGAUCGCUUCAUUAGCAGUGGCUGAAGAGGCCAUUGAGUUCGAGCACCGGGAUCUCCAUUGUUCUAAUAUUCUGGUCGAUCAUCAAACUACACAACAGUACUGUCAAUAUGCUAUCAAUGGACACAAGUUUAGAGUGAAAUUAAAUGGCAUUAAAUUAACUCUUAUCGAUACAACAUUUUCGAGGACUCGACUCAAGAUUGCCAUCAAUAGUAACAAAGAAUAUGAAAAUUGCUUUUACAGUGAUUUAACACAUCUUAACUUAGAUGACUAUCACAACAAACUACUCAAACAAGUUUAUACAAAACAAACGCUAAUUACUUCAAACAAUUGGCGUAACUUUCAUCCAAAGACUAAUAUACUUUGGAUUGAUUAUUGCGUUCAGCARUUGUGCCAAAAAAUGAACAAAUGGUGUCUUAAAAACUACUCKUCAUCUCAUAUGACUACAAAUCACUAYAGUGUGGACCACAAGCAACUCAUUGAAAUCAAAGACAAUAUCAUAAGUUGUGAAUCGGCUAAAGAUUUGGCAAAAUUUUGUCAUUUAAUUUAA